AUGAAGAUCGAGGAGCUGGAUGAUUCUGUUGCGGGUACCGACGUUGGUGAUAAAGAUGGAAGCAUGAUCGCAGUCCGGGUUGAUGCUAAAAGGGCUCUAGUUGGGGCUGGGGCCCGUAUCCUGUUCUACCCGACUCUUUUGUACAACGUUUUCCGGAACAAAAUUCAGGCCGAGUUCCGAUGGUGGGAUCAAAUUGAUCAGUUUCUGCUGUUGGGUGCGGUUCCGUUCCCAAAAGACGUACCUCGUUUGAAGGAGCUCGGAGUUGGAGGUGUGAUUACUCUGAAUGAGCCAUAUGAAACUCUGGUUCCAACCUCUUUGUACUAUGCUCAUGGGAUAGACCAUCUUGUAAUUCCAACUAGAGAUUAUCUCUUUGCUCCUUCUUUUGGUGAUAUUGACCUGGCCGUGGAUUUCAUUCACAGAAACUCUUGUAGUGGUCAAACGACAUAUGUCCACUGCAAAGCAGGAAGGGGAAGGAGCACAACUAUUGUUCUCUGUUAUCUUGUGGAAUAUAAACACAUGAGUCCAACUGCAGCAUUUGAAUAUGUUCGGUCGAGGAGACCCAGAGUGUUACUGGCUCCUUCACAAUGGAAGGCAGUCCAAGAGUAUCAGCAACAAAGGGCAGCUGCUAAAGCCAUGUGCACGUCUGGAGAUGCUGUGUUAAUUACAAAAGCAGAUCUUGAAGGAUAUCAUAGUCCCUGUAAUAAGGAGCUGAGGGUCGUGUCCCGUGUGACGAGGACAAAGCCUAUGAUGGCCAGGCUAUCUUGUCUAUUUGCGUCUCUCAGAGUUUCAGGCUGUUCGGUGAACUCUCGACGGCGCAUGGAAGUUCGCGGCGCGGAUGUGGGCAGCAAGGUGCACUCGCGAUGCCGCGGGGCGCUUUACGAGCUCGCGAGUUGGGACGGUUGA